AUGACGUCCAGAAAUCAACACGUGCUGGACACUGGCACACCACUAGGAAUCGGAAUCAUGGGCGAAGGAGACAAUCGUGGAGGCUCCUCGUCAUACAACAAGUUGAUCUUCACUGUUGUACCUUUGCUUGUCGUUGCUAUCCCCUUGGUAUUGGCCUUUUUGUAUCUUCGACAAAGGCAACACCGCAUCUACGCGCCUCGCACGUUUUUGAACACACUGGAAGAUGAGUAA